AUGUCUUCCGAUGAAGAGCCCUUCGAUGACUACCGCCCUGACGAGUCGUCGUUCGAUUCUGACGACCAUGGCUACGAUGAGCCAACCCACGAUGGCCAGUGCAACUCUGAGCCAGUUUCCCGAGGAAGUUGCUGGGAUCAGCCGUCCUUGGAAGACCAGUGCUGCCGCGAGUCAACUUCCGAUGAUGAGUGUUGCGAUAGCCCUUCAACCAACGACCAGAAGUGGGAUGCGUUUUCGAAUCCUGAGCAGUACUGGGAUCCGGCUCCGAGACCAUACUACGUUGAGCCUCCAUUCGACGAUAAAAAUGACGAUGAGCCUACGCUCGAUGAUGAAUCUGACGGCGAGUCUUCGUUCGACGAACAACACUCGGAUGAGUCAUCCUAUAAUGAUCAGUGUUUCGUUGAGCAGCCUUCCUACUACCCCGUGCCGCCCUCCCAUGACACGUGCGACGCGCCACUACCUUCCUCCAAGCCGCGCAGUGACAAGCCAUCUGUUACUAUCGGACAUUUGAACCAGACGCCAGUAAAUGUCCAGUCUGUCAACAAGAUCUUCCUCCCUCAACGUUCCCCGGAGAGAACGCUUCCCCGCAAGCUAUAUCCCGAGAGGCAGCAUUCCGAGAACAAGCGCCCCGCGAAGCACUCCUCCGAUAAACAACCCUUCAAGAAGCAGCACUCCGACAGUCCACAGACCUCCUACAAGAUGUUCUGGGACACUCAGCCGGCCGUUGAAGAGUCUUCGGACAAGAUGUCACCUGAUGAACCAGCCACCGCGGCCCCGUCUACCAAUGAACAUAACACAAACAACCUGCCUUCGUCUACCAAUCCUCCUUGCAUGAAUCUUCCCCCUAUAACCCUUCAGUCCAGUCGGGACUCUGUAUCGCAGUUCCACACCGAGCUCCUAAACUGGACUCUACGCAAUGGGAUCUCCUCCGAGAGUUUCGCCUGGCUGUGCGAUGUCCUUCGUCUCGCUGACUGUCCCGAGACCAGAUCUCUACCGAAGAGAGAAGAUAUUCUCCGUAAGAAUGAGGACCAGCUUCCGGAAAAGCCAGACAUGUGUCAACGGAUGAACACCACCACAGAGGAGGACGUAAUGAUUUAA